AUGAAUAACUCGUCUUAUUUAAAUGAUAUGUUUCCUGUACCAGCAAACACAACCGUAGCUAGUAGCAGUAAUCAACAGAUAGUUGUGAAUGCUAUUAUUGGAGGUCUUGUGUUUUUACUGUGUUUGUUUACUUUCACCUCGAUCUUACUGACUAAAUCACUAAGAAAUAAAGAGAAGGUGUGUUACCUCGCCAUUAUCUGUUCAGAUCUGGUGUUGAGUUGUCAAAUACUGUUUGUCCGUCUGCUACCUAUAACCUUCAACAGUGACCAUCCAUUAUGUCACUUUCAGUUAUGGAAUGGAAUUAUUUUAACACAGGCUACCAUGUUUUCGAAUAUGAUGGUUACAACAGAACGGUUUGUGAGUGUUGUUCUGCCUUUUAGAUUUUCCGAGAAAGUGACUUGUAAGCGACUAAUGGUUGUGUACGCGUUCUUGUGGGUAGCUGCAAUCGUCCUAACGUUUGUCAUGUUUUCAGAUGGAUUUAGUGGAAGCACAUUGUGCCAGUUUUUAACUGUAGGAAAUCGAAAAUCAUAUGCUAUUCUGGGGUCAUUUAUGUGUUCUAUAGUAAUUGUUGAUUUCUCCCUAUACGUUGGCAUCAUAAAGGUAGCACGGCGCCACAUUCGACAGAUUGCAGCAACAAUGGUUGACGGGAACAUUGCAGAGUGUUUAAGAGCAAUUGUGGACGGUCGGACGGACAUGGGUGACGGCAACAUACGGCCCCAUUUCAUGUGGACGUAUAAAAACAGUCGACUUCAUACAAUUUUCCGACGCAGAGGCAAGGCAGUAAGAACGCCUUUCCGAUGUAACGGGGCCUUUAAGGACUGUUGA